UCCAGGGACCUACCUGGGCUCCCUCCACAUACACACUCUGCCCUUUCAUUUUGUUUCCACACUGCAUUUGUUUCCAGGAAGGCACAUGGCAUCAGAAGGUCAGCAGUAUAUGUGCAUAUGCACACACUGCAAUCUACUGCAGGCGUGAGUGAGGUGCAGGGCGGGAGACCAUAAAUAGAGGAGAACAAACAAAUAAGUCCAAGCAAUAAAGAAAAUAAAUGAUAAAAAAACAUUUAAGUGGUGCUCAGAAACAGAGGCAUAAAGCAGAAGUUGAAGAGCAGAAGGCAAAACUGCAUUGCAUAAGCAGUUACUUCAUUAAUAACAGCAUAAAGACUGCCAGUGACGAUACUAAUGCUACUAGCUGUUCUAGUAGUGAUGAUGAGUGUGUAAUUGAUACUAGUACAGUGGCGGGUCCAGCCUACGUUGAACAUGGUUCUGAAGAUCAGGCUGUUUCUUCUGAUGAAAUCCUUUCAUCAAAUAAAGAACCCAGUGAUAACCUGCUGCUGCAAAACACACUAGUACGAUUGCCUUCCUCCGAUGCUGCUCUCUGGACUGUUGAUGCUUUCACCCAACAGUACUGCAUAGACGUGGGCCUUGAUUUCUGCCAAAAUCGCAAUGGAAAAUAUGUAAUGUCAUCAAGACAACAUAAGGGCAGAACAAGGAAACUCUGUGAUACAGCCUUCAAUCAAGUGUCCCCGAGUGGUGAAAUUAUUGAAAGGCCCUGGCUCAUAUACUCACCAUCGACUGACUGCCUCUUCUGUUUUAUGUGCAAAUUGUUUUCUCCAAACAGCACAUCUGCACGAACCAAGAGAGGAUUUGAUUCAUGGGAUCACAUUGGCAGACUCGGUGACCAUGAAAGAUCUACUGAGCACCGACAAGCUCUCACCACUUAUACAAUGCAUUUAUCGAAGACUCAAGCCCUUGAAAAACAUACAGCAGAUGGAAAUAUUAAAGAAAGAAAUUACUGGACAGAAGUGUUGAAGCGAGUUGUAGCAACAAUAAAAUUUCUGGCAACACAAGGUGUGGCACUGAGCGGGAAUAAUGAAACCUUUGGUAGUCUUAAUAAUGGCAACUUUCUGGGCUGCUUAGAGCUCAUAGCAGAGUACGACCCUUUCCUGGCCUGCCACAUCAACAACUAUGGGAAUACUGGUCAUGGCACAACGUCUCAUCUAUCAUCAACAAUCUGUGAAGAGUUCAUUAAAGUCAUGGCUGACAAGGUAAAACAGGUCAUUGUGGAUGAGCUAAAACUGUCUAAGUAUUUCUCCUUCAGCAUUGAUUCCACACUAGAUACUAGCCAUAUCGAUCAGCUGACACUUACUGUGUUCUACGUGCUGAAUAACUGCACACCCGUAGAAUGCUUCUUGAAUUUUGUUCCAGUUACAUCACAUACAGGUCUUCAUCUGUUUAAUGUCAUCAAUGAAACCCUGAAUGACAAACUAAAUAUCAAUCUAAAGGACUGCAGAGGUCAAACAUACAACAAUGCUAGUAACAUGUCCGACACUUAUUCUGGUGUGCAAGCUCAGGUAAUUGCAGUCAAUGAGAAAGCAGUGUACAUCCCAUGCAUGACCCAUUCACUUAACCUUUGUAGUGUUGUUGCUGCAGAGUCAUGCACGGAUGCAAUUACAUUUUUUUGCUUUGUCCAAAACCUGUAUGUAUUUUUCUCAGGAUCGACUUAUCGAUGGGGCCUCUUGCGAGAUUCUCUGAACAAGGAGACAUGUGAGGCCAGUAAGAGAGAACUUUUUCCGAAGCACCUCAGUGACAAAAGGUGGCCAGUUCAAGCAGAUGCACUUUGCAGUUUAUCAUGCAACUACAAAUCUGUGCUUCAGGCUCUUGGUGUGGACACUCUGCGGAAUGGCUACAUACGAGCAGAGGCAAACUCUUUAGCUGGAACCAUGGAUUGGUUGGAGACUGCAUUUAUGACAACGUUUUGGAGUAGUAUCCUGACAAGAGUAAACAAAACAAGUCAACUUCUGCAGUCUGAAACAAUGGACUUAGGCACAGCUGUGACACUGCUGAAGUCACCCUCUGAGUUGGUGGCAGCACAACAGAAUAGUUUUGAGGACUACCAUGAAUCUGCAAUGUCUUUACUUUCUACAGCUAGCUUUCAGUUAAAGCAGCAACAUCAUCCAAAGCGUAUGGCUGAUGAUAGUGAAGAACCUGCUGUCAUGCUGACUGGUGAAGAGUUCAAAGUUAAAUCAUUCUACGCCAUAAUGGACUUACUUGUCAGCCAUCUCAACAGAAGAAUUCAUGCAUAUUCAGAAAUACACAACUGUUACUGUUUUUUAACGGGUGACCUUGACAGUACUGCUGUUAAAGAGUGUCUCAGAAGUUUAACUGAAUUCUGUUCAGGUGACCUCAAUAAAGAGAUCUUUGAUGAAUGGGUACAGUGGUGCUCACUGGUAAAGCAACUUGCCUCCAAGCCGUUAUCACAAGCUCUGCCUACACCACUGCAAAUGCUGACCAUAAUGAACAUGCACAAUUUGUAAACAGUCUUUCCAAAUGUCUUUGUUGCGCUACACAUUUACCUGACACUACCAGUCUCAAACUGCAGUGGUGAAAGGUCUUUUUCACAUUUAAAAAGGGUAAAAAGUGCUUUACAUGCUACAAUGAUUCAAGAAAGACUUAACAGUCUUACUCUGUUAUCCAUUGAAUCUGUAAAUAGCAUAAUAGCUACAUGCAGUGGUUUGGUUGAGUAAGUUAUUCACAUUAAUACUUGCUAUGUAAUAUACAGAUUACUUAUCUGAAGCAAGACAAGUACGAAUGAUGCUGUAAAUAUAAUGUUUUAAAGUUUUUCAUAUUUUUUAUUCUUAAAAUAUUUUGAACGGUUUUUAAUCCACCUCAAUUUCAUA